AUGAACUGCACUCUGGAAGGAAAUGGUGUCAAAGCAUUUGGGAAGGCUAUUCAUGCCCUGUCACGGAUCGGUGAUGAACUGUGGUUGGAUCCCAUGGUGAGAGGGCUGGCACUGAGAUCAGUGAAUUCUACUCAUUCUGCAUAUGCAUGCUUCCUCUUCUCACCGCUGUUCUUCCAGCACUACAGCCUGGGAUCAGUGUCAGAGCAGAGCAGUGAAACCAUCAAAUGCAAACUGGUCAUGAAGUCUGUUCUUCCUCUGUUCCGCUGUUUGACUUCAAUUGAGCGUAACGUGGAACGAUGUCAGAUAUCAAUCAGUACUCCCGAUGACCGAGUGACAAUCCAGUUUUUCUGCAGGCAUGGCAUCACUAAGACCCACAACCUGUGUUUCCAGGAAAGUGAGGCUCUGCAGGCAGUGUUUGCCGCACACCUCUGUCCCAAUGUGCUGAAAGCUCCUGCCAGGCUUCUUGGUGACAUGGUGACGCAUUUCCCAGUGUCCCAGGAGGAAAUCACUUUGUCCAUGACUCCUCUGAGAGUCAGUCUGAGAAAUUACCACGAGGGGGGAAAUGAUCACCUGAAGUUUAUGUACACUGAGAUGUCCUUACACCCAGACGAGUUUGACUACUUUCAGAUCGGAAUGGAGUCGGACAUAACCUUCUGUCUGAAGGAGUUAAGGGGUUUACUAUCCUUUGCAGAGUCACAUUGCCUUCCAGUGUCUGUCUACUUCACCGCUGCAGGAAAGCCUGUGUGCUUCUCCGUGGAGGAUGUGGUCCUGGAGGCUACUGUGGUGUUGGCUACUCUGAUUGACUCUGAAAGCAGGGGCCCCUCUCAGCCUACGGAGACGCUGGCCCCUACUACCCUCAGUUGUGCAGAUGCCGCUGUUCUACCUGUGGGUUCAUGUGAGGCAGACAGCAGUAAGGCUCAGGGUAUUCCUGCUGAGAUGGAGAUGGUAGCCUCCAGCCAGGGCAGCCCUAUAAUCAACCCGCCUGCUCUCAUGCUGCGUCUGCCUCAGACUGACAACCCUGAUGGACUCGGUGUAGAUGAUGAGGCCUGUGCCAGUGUCACCACAACUCCUGCUUCCUCCAUGAUCUGUUCUCUCCUAUUCAGGGCCUUAUCUUCAGAGGAGGACACUGAUGGUUGUGCUGUCAGGCUGCCUGUUCUGGCAUGUUACAGUGACGGAGAGGAGAAUGUGGAGGAAGACUUUACAAGAAGCCCUUCACCCUAAGAACAGAGCUGUUACACACUUUUGUGAUGCCAUCAAAAGUAGGCCAUAACAGUCAAACAUAGUCCAAAUGAUAACUAAAAUAAUUUGUAUUUGAUGUACUUUGUAUUUUAAGCAGUUUUAAGUAUGUUGUUUUAUAGCUCACGUGUUGAUUUGCUUGCUUAAAUUGAUUUCAGUGUUGACUCACAGUGUUCAGUUGUAAAUUGCUAAGAGAAUGUAUUUAAAAUAAUUAUUUCUCAAUGAAUAUGUCAGUGAAUUUACUAUGACAGUUUCAGUGUGUGAAAUGCACUUGUCACAGCAUGUGAGGAAAAAGACUAUUUGCUCUUAUCUGUGAAAAUAUUACUUCAUCUUGACGAUACCACACCUGUCUGUUGAUGGUGACUGGUAGUGUGCCUGGUGUCUGAGGAAUGUGGGAGUACACAUGCACAAAUUGUACAAGGUGUUCUUAAGCAUUAUCUUUUUUUCUGGCCUGAACAGCCUCAGUUCAGUUCAGUUCAGUGAAGUAAACACUGGAUCCAGAGCUAAAUGUGAUAAUGGGAAAAUACAGCCCUGGAGGCAUUCAGCCUAGAAGAACAACGCCUCUGCAAGGUAUUGUCUAAUACUCAUGUACCAAAUAGUGUUCUGAUAUAAAGCCAACUGCAUAUUUGAGCUGAUAUCAAAGUCAUCAAGAACAGCAGGAUAAUAAAUACUAUACUCUUUAUUUAAAUAUUGUACAGAUUUGAAAAUGUUUUUUUACAGAGCUUAGAUCUUCAUUGAACUGUACAUCCAAAAUAUAUAUAGACACAUGCUCUGGUUGUAACAAAGUGUUUAGAAGAGGAAGAUGAGACAACAGGGACGGGUGUCAGGGCAGGUAUGAGUCAGGAAGCAGGAACCACAAAGCUUACAGUGGCAGUACCAUCUGACUGGGAGAAUUGCUUUGUAAUAUCGUUAAGGCUGCUUAGAUUGUCCUCAGUGCUGUAACACUUAAAACUCACAUUUUUGACCAUUGACUGCUCUUCCAUGCCCAUCAGCAUCAUUUCGCAAUGAUCGCUUACACUGCAGUCUUCCAGUGGGAACUUGUCAGAUUAAGUAGGGAAACAGUCCAUUAGGUAGUGCAGAUUGUAAACAGUGAUCUGAAGAUCCUCAGGGAGGAUUUCUAAGCAUGCGAUGGCUUUAUCACUAUUCCUAAGUUCCUGACUGAGUGCAGAGAAGCAGAUUUCAGGAGGAAAAAAAGGUUCAACAUACUGUAGGUGAAAAGAUCUAGUGUUAAGACAGCAGGGCAUGAUGGGAAAGCUGUUUUGACUCUUAUGGCUACUGAACAGUUUGAGGCUUUGUGCCCAGUACCUGGCACGUUAUGGGGGGUUCAAGGAAUUAUGCACGUUUGCCAGUAUCAAUGACACCUGAUACAAGGCACAUCAUUAGAACAUUACACAAAAUAAUUUUAAGAAAUGUUUUUUACUUUGGGUAAAAGUUGUGGGAAAUGCAGAGUGCAAAUCUGUAACCAUGUAAUGGAAACAUAAUGACCGUUUUGAAACCUGCAGUGACCUGACUCAUGAAUGUGCCGUUGGAGCUGUAGAGCAGAAGGAGAGGAAAAAAAAGGAAA